AUGGCUAGGUCCUUAAGUUGCUUUUUCCUCAGUUUGUUCACACUUAUACAUUUCGCUUGGGGUUGCUUCAAAUAUACCUGUAAGACUUCAGAACAAGCGUUUCUACCAGAAACUUGCAUUUAUAAUGACAAUUUAACUGAUACUUACUAUUCACGAAAAUGCUCAGACUCAAAGUAUCAGUGUUUCCCAGAUCAAGCAUCUUCAUAUCAACUUAACUACAGUUGUUCCUUACCAACUUCGCAAACUUACUCUAACUAUCCUGGAGUAUUUUGUAAGACUUCAGAUGAUUGUUCUUACUCUCUACCUUGUAAAGAUGGAGUUUGCGUAGGAACUCCUAAAGGCGGAGAGUGCACAGCUGGCGGAAUGUUCAGGAACUUAUUGCAAAAACAACAUCUGCGUUCCACAAAUCAAAAUUGGUGAGAGUGGCUGCACAAAAGGUAG